UAUUUCAAAAUGAAUAUAUUAAUAGUGUUAUCUUUAAUAUAUACAAUUAAUUAUACAGAAGCUGCCAAGAUACUAGGAUAUUUCCCGACUCCGUCUAUAAGUCAUCAGAUAGUGUUUCGGCCAUUGAUGCAUGAACUAGCCAAGCGUGGACAUGAAGUGUAUGUUAUUACAACCAAUCCAGCUUUUACCAAAGAGCAAUCUCUUGGAAAUCUAACAGAAAUAGAUGUUCAAGAUAUAUCAUAUACGAAAUGGACGGAUGCAAUUCUAAGUGCAGAUGUUACAACCGGAAAAAAGGAUGACGUAUCACAACAAAUAAUAACUAUGUACCGUAUAUGCUUGGGUUUGUUUGAUGAACAAAUUAAUGCGGCUGCUGUGCAGAAUGUUUUAAAUGAUAAAACAUUAAAAUUUGACUUGAUAUUCCUAGAAUCGUAUUUCUCACCUGGAUUGGUACUUUCGCAUUAUUACAAAGCGCCUCUCAUUCUUAUUAGUUCAAUGUUGCCAAUAUACAAUAACAUGGGAGUUAUUGGAAGCCCGGUCCAUCCGAUGCUAUAUCCGAUGGGGUUUUGUCGUCAAAAAAUCAACAAUCUUACAAUAUGGGAGAAGAUAUCCGAAUUGUACAUGUAUUACGGUAUAGUGUCAACAAUUUAUUUUGGUAGAGAAACCGUUAAUAAAUUGGUGAGAAAAAAUUUUGGGUCACAUGUUCCGAGUCUUGAUGAAUUGGAAAAUAAUGUUGAUAUGUUGUUUAUAAAUGUACAUCCGAUUUGGGAUAUGAAUCGGCCUGUCCCACCCAGCACUAUAUAUUUGGGAGGAUUACACCGCAAUCCUGUGAAAGAAUUACCAAAGGAUCUGCAGUUCUACUUAGAUGCCUCAAAACAUGGUGUCAUCUACAUUAGUUUUGGUACUAAUAUAAACCCCUCAAUGUUGCCACCAGAAAAAAUGCAAAUGCUAAUAAAUGUGUUAUCUAAUAUGCCUUAUGAUGUAUUGUGGAAAUGGGAUACAGAUGAAUUGCCUAAUCGACCAAAAAAUAUUAAAACUUUCAAAUGGCUCCCACAAUCCGAUCUUCUUAGGCAUCCAAAGGUACUAUUGUUUGUAACACAAGGUGGGUUGCAGUCAACAGAUGAGUCUAUAACUGCUGGUGUACCUUUGCUUGGUCUUCCGAUGCUUGGUGAUCAGUGGUACAAUGUGGAACAGUAUGAGCGACUAAAAAUAGGAUUAGGGCUGCAAAUGGAAGAACUAUCAGAAGAAAAAUUCAAAAACGCUAUCAUUACUCUUAUAAAUGAUAAAAGUUAUCGCCACAACAUAGCCAAGCUUCGGUCUCUAAUGUCCGACCGACCGGAGAGUUCGCUGGAGCGCGCCGUCUGGUGGACCGAACACGUCCUACGUCACGGCGGCGCGCGACACCUGCGCUCGCCCGCCGCAAACAUGUCCUGGACAGAAUAUUUGGAACUAGAACUCGUUGCAUAUAUACUUUCAUUCAUAAUGGCAUUCAUAAUUUUAACUAUAUACAUAAUAAAAUAUACUGUAAAACUUAUUUUACCACCAUUAUAUAAAUAAUUAAAUAUUACAUUUGUAUAAAUGUAUACCUUUGAGGCAUUACGUGCCAAUCUAUUAGAAGACACGUGUCACUUGAUGUCUUUGUCGUACUGACGUCCCACUGAGACUCUAGCUAGAGUUUUUGGUACAAAAAUGUCUAAAUAGAAAUGCUUCUAUAUAUUACAAUAGUCGUGACUUAUAAAAAAAAAAAUAUUUAUUACUGUUUACAAUCAAAUAAAUGAUGAAUACACAUUCUAACAAAAGUACCACUGUAUGCAGAAAUAAUUAUACAUAUAUUUGAGAAACUUUUAUUCUGAGUUUAUAUAUCGUAUACAAAAUAUAAUUUAGGGAGUUGAACUAUAUCAUGCUAGUUUGUUCAAGAAUUAUUUUUAUCUUCUUUGUCGAUGGUGCAUAAUAACAUAGUGUUAUCUC